GGCGGAGGAGUUCUUGGGUCUCGCGACGGCGCAUUGCUCGGUACUCGGCUGGUUCGGUUGGGAUGUUUAGGAGCAGCAACGUAGCUGCGAGGAUUUUCGAGCGGCAGAUUCGGACUCCUGCUCCCGGCACUAGUGUUCACUGUGCUAGACUAUUUUAUGAGAAUUUGGUCCCAAGCCACACUAUAUAUGACAUUGAAUGUCCAGAUCAUUCAUUUCGAAAAUUCACUGAAGAUGGUCAUUAUCUCAUAAGUUUCAGCCGGAAUAAUCAAGAUUUGAUAGUAUAUAGACCAAGAUGGCCAUCAUUCUGUUGCAAAGAAGAGAACUGCAUGCAUGAUCUCCCCCAGAAAGCAAAAAGAUUCGACAGUUUUUUCACUGAACUGUACUCUGUCUCACUUGCUUCUAACAAUGAACUCAUAUGCAAAGACUUCUUUCUUUACUUGGGGAGCAAUCACUUCGGGGUCUUUGUUACUUCUACUGCUCCACUUCAUGAUGCACCUUCAUCCGGGGAAGCUGUCCCUGGGAUCCCCUCAAUAGACAAUAUAACUUUUCACCUCUUAAGACUUGAAGAUGGAGAUGUACUGGAUAAGAAGGUUUUUCACAAUGAUUUUAUUAACUUGAGCCACAACAUGGGAGUCUUCUUGUAUGAUGAUCUACUGGCUAUUGUUUCUCUUCGCUUUCAAACAAUCCACAUACUACAAAUUCGAGACUCUGGGAACCUAGUUGAUGUACGAGCUAUUGGAAAAUUCUGUCGUGAAGAUGAUGAACUUUUCCUCAAUUCCAAUGCCCAGUAUAUGCCAGUUUCUGACCAAAGUCAACUGCAUCACUCAGAGAAUCAUGUGGAGACCCAUGCGCAUCAAAACCAGCUAUAUCAAAACAGUUCUUUUUUAAGUGGCAUCAAGCAACGCUUGCUGUCAUUUAUUUUCCGAGCAGUAUGGAAUCAAGAAUCUGAUGAUAUCCUGAGAGUUCAAUCCUUGAAGAAGAAAUUUUAUUUCCAUUUCCAAGAUUAUGUUGACUUGAUAAUCUGGAAGGUACAGUUUUUGGACAGGCACCAUUUGCUAAUAAAGUUUGGGAGCGUGGAUGGAGGGCUUUUGGUGUCAAGGAACGCUGAUCAGCACCACGCUUUCUUUGCUGUUUAUAACAUGGAGACAACUGAAAUUGUUGCCUUUUAUCAGAAUUCAGCUGAGGAGCUUUAUCUCUUCUUUGAGAUGUUUUGUGAUCAUUUUCACCCUCAGUCAAGAAAUUCACUUCACAUGAAUUUCAUUUCUUCUCAUUCGAACAACAUCUACGCUUUUGAGCAAUUAAGAGGCAUAAAAAAGAAAGCAACCUUUACACAGUUUGUGAAGAAGAUGCUGGGUUCUCUACCCUUCAGCUGUCAGUCACAAAGUCCUUCUCCCUAUUUUGACCAAUCACUCUUCCGGUAUGACGAAAAGUUGAUCUCUGCAAUUGAUCGGCACAGGCAGUCAACUGACCAUCCUAUCAAGUUCAUUACAAGAAGGCAACCGUGCACACUCAAGUUCAAGAUUAAAACAGGUCCGGAGGCUGGGAGCGCGGAUGGUCGGACAAAAAAGAUAUCCUCUUUUCUCUUCCAUCCAUUUUUGCCCCUCGCUCUAUCCAUACAACAGACGUUGUUCUCACAGCCAUCCAUUAACAUUCACUUCCGUAAAUGAGGUUUCGCGUUAUCACUUGCGGCAUUUUCCGCCAGUAAUAGUCUUGUAAAUGUAUUUCAAAAAUAUUCAAGUUUUACAUGGGGUUCUUGUACAUUUUGGUGCAAUUGGCCCCUGGUAAAAUCAUAAUUAGCGUCGAUCUUUUGUAGUCGUACGUCUCCAAUAAAUUACAGUUAUAUUUCCAAAA